UUGUGGAAUUCCUCAUUUACGCACACGCCGCGAACUCGAAAUGUAUCAAGUCACUCAUCAAUCAUUGGCGUAAAGAAAAAUAGAGAAAGUAAAAGGUUUUCUUUAAGUGGCUGUGACGUCUGGUGACGAAAUGUGGUGUUUAUUGAUUUUCGCGUUUUCCACAAUACCCUGGACUAAUGCUCAAGGUGAAAGGAGCAAACGGCCAUUUGAUAACGGACAUGGCUGGGACAUUAGACUGGCCGUUCCAGGUGAACCGGGGAACGACUAUCCAACUUUAAAUUCCAUACCACGCACAACAUUUACUUGUUCUAGAAAGGAUCCAGGAUAUUACGCAGAUAUAGAAACGAAUUGCCAGGUUUUCAGAGUAUGCACUUUAGGUUCUACAUAUGGAUUUCAGUCCUUUUUGUGUCCAAAUGGAACAUUAUUCAACCAAGAAGUAUUUGUAUGCGAUUGGUGGAUGAAUGUUAACUGUCAAAAAACAAGAGAAAUCAUCAAUAACAGAAAUGAAAAAUUUAGAAAUUUAAAACUAGGUCCACAAUUUAUGACUGAUAUUAAAAAAAUGAUAACACAUCCGAUUAGAAAUCCUUAUGAUAGAUCAAAUGUUAAAAACAACCUUAUAUUUAUGCAAGUAUAUAAACCACCGCUUGGUCAGUUGUAUAAUGAAGCACUUCUUAGAAAUUUGGAAAGAAAUACUAAUGACAUUUAUGCAAAAAAGAAACAAGUACAAAAAUCAUACCAAGAUCACUUCACAACUGAUAUUACUGUCGCAGCUUCAACUCCUACUACACAAUACAUUCCAAACUAUAUAUUCCAAAACCAAUUACAAAGUAGUCCAUAUUCACAGUUGCAAAGCUUAACGUCCAACGCUCAUAGUGGACAAACUUCGCAAACAAGAGGUCAUGAUAUGGUGUAUUAUAAUAAUAACAUACAACCGAUUCGAUCACAAAUUCCCAGUUAUACUAAAGCACAAAUAAAAACAUAUAAUAACAGUCAUAUUAACAAAAACAAAGCAGCACUAUUUGGAUUAGAAUAUUCAAAACAACGCUUAAAUCAAAACAUCAAUAAAGGAAAACAAUUAUAUACUCACGAGCCCAUACAAGCACUAUAUUCAAAAGAUACUGUUGGCCAAAUAGAACCAGAAGCAAAACAAAAUUUGGACUUGGUGUUUUCAUUCUUGGCAGACUCAAUUAAUGCGGCUAAAGACUACAGCAAUAUAGCACAGCGAAAUAUUUUGUAUCCAACACCAACACAGCAAUUCCAAAAUAUACGAAAUGAUCAAUUAGAGCAAGUAUCACAAGACAUUUCUCGAUUAACAUCUUCACAAUUUACAAGAACUAAUUCUUCUAACCACUACAGAUCUUCAAAUUCUGUAAAAACGUCUAAUUCUAAUUUACCAAGCAGUAACAGAGAAUACAAAAAUCUUUCAAGCUAUUUUACCAAUUCACAAAAACAACAAGCGCCACAAGAUAAUGUAUCACCUUCACAAAAUCUUAUUUAUUCAGUUAAUUCAGACAAAAUAUACAGUGGACAAUUAUACCAACUUCCAGUACCAGAGGUUACUAAGCAAAUAUAUAAUGCACCAGUCCCUUCUAUUUCUAACUAUAUAUUGUCUACAAAUUUCCUCCCGACUAGUUCGCAGAUUGAUACAAAACAAAAACAAGAUCAAAGAAAUUCAAACGAUGUUGAAAUUAUUCCAUCUCAAACCAUUCCAACAAGUGCUUACGAGCCUAAAACUCACGAAAACGAACAAGUAGCUGAUCAAGGUAGUGCUGCUAACGCUUUUAUAGGUAACUUUAGAAUUCCUACAAAUGCUAUAAGAACACAAGUACAUGAUAAUAUUGUUGGUACUAUACCUCAUCCCUUGGAAGAAGACAAGUUAAUAAAAUAUAAAAAAGACCAAUCAUACUAUAUUUAUACCCAUUUGAAUGACUUUGAUAAUAUAAUUGGCAGUAAUCGUAACACAAACGACCUAAAUCAACAAAAUAGAGAAUACGCAGAACAUAGCAAAUUAAUUAAUCCAUCCUUCCAACUGCUUCCGUCAUUGAGCUAUAAAUUAGAAGAUGAAAAAGAAAAACAGAAUUUUCUAAAUGUUUUUCAGAUAGAUAAGUUUGGAAAUCCUAAACAGAAUACAUUUCCUAAUUCAGAAAAAAGUACAAAUAUCGAACGACGCCAAGAUAUUAUUAGUGAUGUAGACUAUACCAUUAGUCACCCUCGAUCAUCAAGCUACUUGUCUGCUUUGUACGACGGUCCAUCGUCAUAUUCUGCUCCUCAAGCGUCAGUGGGCAGCUUGGCAGGAAAAGAAAAUUACCAAAGUGAUUCAACAUUCAAUGCUAAUAUAGAAAAAUUUGAUUCCAUCGACAAUAGUAAUGGUUAUCCCAAAAUUAGUCCCCUUAAGAAAUUUACGUUCUAAGAUUGAAUUCAACGAAUUAUUUUUUUUUUUGAACUUUCA